AUUUAGGCAUAUACAUUGCCAUCAAUUAACAACUCUCCUUAUUUACACAGAAAACAGAUUGAAAAGCGGUCUGUCAAGAAGCCAUUAGAUCAAUAUGGCAAAUAUGAAACACGUUGUAUUGUUACUUGCAAUAAUGGCAGCAAGAAGUAAAGGUCAGUUAGUUCCAUGCUCUACUGCAACGCUAUCAUUUGCAGUCACUGUGGAUGGCUCGUCCAGCGUUGAUGCGAAUCAAUUUCAACAACAAAAAGAUUUUAUUAAGCGACUCAUUACCCGAAUUGAUGUGUCUGGAAACAGCAAUGCUGGGCUUGUACAGUUUGCAAGUAGUAGUCAAAUACAUAUCAGAUGUAACGACGCUGCUACAUCGGGUGCUUUUAAUACACUGGUAGAUGGAGUCAACAUCAUGACUGGUGCAACUUGUAUCAAGUGCGGUUUAGACAAAGCACAAGAAUUAUUGUCAGGAAAUGGAUGUGGAAGAACAGGAGAAAAUAAAAUAAUCUUUUUAAUGGUUGAUGGAGAUGAAAAUAUAUUCCCUAGCCAGGUGGUAACUACUGCAACUAAUCUUCGAAAUGCUGGAUAUGUUAUCUAUGCUCUGGCAAUUGGAAAUAUUAUUGACGUAGCAAAGGUAGCUUUGCUUACCGGAAGCGCUGAUAGAGUUUUUUCAACACAAUUUGCUGAUUUAGCAACUUAUGAUAUUGAUACAUUAUACGCUGCAUUAACCUCGACAUACUGUACUGUUUCACAAACUGGUUGGGCCAAUUGGGGCCAAUGGUCAUCUUGUUCUAACACUUGUAACCCUACUGGCGUCACACCAUCACGGAGCCGAACAAGAAGUUGCCCAAGUGGUGCUACCUGCCCUGGUUCUAACACUGAAAGUGAGAGCUGUAAUGAAAAUAUUGCCUGUCCAGGUAUCCUCUCUCAAUGGGGUCAAUGGAGCACAUGCUCAUCUACAUGCCGUCUCACUGGUGCUAAUGCACCCACACGAACAAGAACUCGACGGUGUGACAAUCCAAGCCUUGGAGGGAAUUGUGGUGGUGCUAGCUUAACAGAAACAGAAAACUGUAACGAUGUUUUAUGCCCUGUCAUACAAUGGGCACAAUGGAGUCAAUGGUCAGCUUGCUCAGCAACAUGUGAUCCAGUUGGUUUCACUCCUUCAAGAACAAGAACGCGUAGCUGUUCAGGUGGCUCAACUUGUCCAGGAUCGACUACUGAGAGCGAAAGUUGUAAUGUAAACGUAGCUUGUCCAGGUAUCCUCUCUCAAUGGGGUCAAUGGAGCACAUGCUCAUCUACAUGUCGUGCCACUGGUGCUAAUACACCCACACGAACAAGAACUCGUCGGUGUGACAAUCCAAGCAAUGGAGGGAAUUGUGGUGGUGCUAGCUUAACAGAAACAGAAAACUGUAACGAUUUUCCAUGUACUGUCAUACAAUGGGCACAAUGGGGUCAAUGGUCAGCUUGCUCAGCAACAUGUGAUCCAGUUGGUUUCACUUCUUCACGAACAAGAAGGCGUAGCUGUUCAGGUGGCUCAACUUGUCCAGGAUCAGCUACUGAGAGUGAAAGUUGUAAUGUAAACGUAGCUUGUCCAGGUGUAUUGACACAAUGGACGCAAUGGUCAGCUUGUGCAGCAACAUGCAGAACUCCAGGAUCAUCCCCACCAGUCAGAACAAGAACACGAUCAUGCAUCAAUCCUAGUUUAGGAGGAAAUUGUAAUAACGCUGUUGUUGUGGAAAGAGAAGAUUGUAACACUGAUGCUUGUACAGGCAAUUUUCUUUCACAAUGGAGUCAAUGGGGUCCUUGUUCUGCAACAUGUCAGUCAGGCAACACAAUUCCACAACAAACUCGUACAAGAACAUGUAGUGGAACGUGCACUGGUGUGUCAACUUUAGAGCAGAGAAAUUGUAAUGCUGGUGUUAGUUGCAAUGUGAUUAGUUGCUCCAAUGCCAACAUAUCUUAUGUCAUUGUCAUUGAUUCAUCCAGUAGUGUCAAAACAUCACUACCAGACGAAUGGAGUCAAGAAAAAACUUUCGUUAAGAACUUUGCCGCACAGCUUGGUCUUGGAACAAACUCGCGAAUCAGAGUAGGCGUUGUCAAUUAUGGAGAUGUGGCUAACAUUGUUGCUACUUGUGAUUCUACCGCAACCAGCAAUUUAGCAAAUUUUAAUGCAUUAAUUGACGGUUUACCUCGUCAACUUGGUGGUACUGCCAUUAAUGAUGCCUUGCUUAAAGCUCGUGAAUUAUACACUGGUGCUGGAUGUAACCGUGCAGGUGAACUAAGAGUUGUACUUUUUCUCACGGAUGGGUACGAGAAUAUCGUAUUUGAUGACGCUGUCCGUGUAAGCACAGAAAAUUUAGUGCGGAGUGAAGCUUUAGUAUAUGUUGGUGCAAUUGGUCCUGAAGUAAGACUUCCUGAACUUGUUCGUGUCACUGGGAAUUCGUCCCUGAUAUUUACUGCUAACAACUUCUUGGAAUUAUCUAAUAUUGAUGCGGCUGCAUUACAUCCGAGGAUUGUUAGUCAAGUUUGUCAAGUUGGUGGAGUUUGGGGUAGCUGGUCUGCGUUUGGGUCUUGUUCAAUCAGCUGCGGUGCGAGUGGUGUAAAAUCAAGAACACGAGUGUGUAGAAGUCCUGUAACUAAUGCUUUACAGAAUGAUUGUGCUGGUUCUGCUAACAAUACCACCCCAUGCUUUGAAGGAGAUUGCGCAGGUACUUGGUCAAAUUGGACGUCUUAUGGAGCUUGCUCAGCAUCUUGUCAUUUUAACGAAGGUGGAUCACCGCCAACUCAAAUAAGAACAAGAACUUGUGUUGGUGCUACUGGCGCAGGAAACUGUGGUGGAGGUCCCACAUCAGAAACAAGGAGCUGUAACGCCCAAGUUCCAUGUCCAGGGCAAUGGUCUGAAUGGGGUCAAUGGGCCAAUUGUAGUGAAACUUGUCAAUCGAAUGUUAACACAGCCCCUACUCAGUCCAGAACAAGAACAUGUAGUGGUGGAACAUACGGAGGAGGAUGUUUUCCUGGAAGCAAUGUAGAAAGACGUAGUUGUAAUGCUAGAGCUCCUUGUCAAGGAAAUCUCACACAAUGGUCAGCGUAUGGUAGUUGCUCUGCAACAUGUCAAUUAGGCCUUCAAGCUCCAACUCAACAAAGAACACGUCGUUGUGAAAAUGCAACUUUUGGAGGAAAUUGUAAUGGUGCUCUAUUGGUUCAAAUUACUGACUGUAACGUAGAAGUUGCUUGUCCAGGUAAUCUAUCUCAAUGGACAAAUUGGAGUACUUGUCCUGAGACUUGUCAAACUGGUGUUAUACCUACUCAACAUAUAAGGACGCGUACCUGUAAUGAUACAAGUUUUGGUGGAAAUUGCAAUGGAGCUUCUCUUACUGAAAGCAGAAAUUGUAAUGCUGGAGUACCAUGUCCAGGUAACCUAACUGCGUGGACCCAAUGGUCAACCUGCUCUGCAUCCUGUCAAUUGGGAAGUACCUCUCCAACAACAACAAGAACACGUUUAUGCCAAGGCGCAACGCUGGGUGGCAACUGUGGUGGUGCAAUGUUAAAUCAAACAGAAAAUUGUAACUUUCAAGUUGGCUGUCCAGGGAAUCUAACCCAAUGGGGACCAUGGAAUCCUUGCUCAAGCACCUGUCAAGCCACUGCAGUCAAUCCUUCUCGUGCUCGGAUUAGAUUUUGUAUUAAUACAAGCUUUAAUGGCAACUGCUUUGGCGCCUCUCUGCAACAAACUGAAAGUUGCAACGUCGGUGUGAUUUGUCCAGUUCCUUGUAUAUGGAAUCAGUGGAGUAUGUGGAGUACCUGCUCAAAGACUUGUGAUAUGGGUGCAAGGUCACGAAGUCGCACGUGUAAUGAUCCAUUUCUUGCUAACGGCUGCAAUGCUUGUGUUGGUUCAACUGCAAGCACAUCCACUUGUAAGAUUGCUGACUGCCCAGUUGCUUGUCCUGUUCAAAAGAGAUGUAACUGCAGUUUAGCUCCUCAAUUUCCAACAACUGCUCCUGCUCUUGGAUACUUUAACAUAGACGACGCCACAAUUCAUGCUGCCAUUAAUACAUUGACAUAUUGGACAAAAGAAAUUCAAAAUCAAAUCUGUGAAUCUUGCAACCUCCAACGUUUACAAGUGAGUGUGAACACGGUAACUUCACAUGUCAAUCAAGUCAAAGCAAUGAUUGAUCGAUUGAAUGAGAUCAAGAAACGGCUACGUGACAUCAUCAACUGUAACAACAAUGUUUUCAUUGGUUCCGAGCUAUGGGCAUUGUACGAUUAUCUUUAUGCUCGUUGCACAAUGUUAAACGGUGUUCAUACUGAAUUGUGUGCGUGCCAAAUGAGAUUUGAAGCUGCAAACAAUUCCUGCAAAAAAUACGGUUGGUUCCAUCAACUAAUGAAACAGGUAUACAGGAAGUGGUAAAAGGAAAGGGAACAAACUUUUAUUUACGCAUAUUUUACGUGUAAUGUUUCAUGUGCAAACAGGGCAGUAUUAUCAUGGAAGUAUUUUUUAAAAAAACUGUGGCUAGUGAAAUUUUCUUGGUGACAGUUAGUAGGUAAAUUAUUAGCUUCUGGUUAGAAAUAAGUUUUUUCCGAUUUUGUUUACUAAUUCAUUGUUAGUAUUGGGCAGGAAUGGACGAAUAUAGUGUUGGGUUAGAUUGAACGAAAAUGGUGUUGGGUGGGUACGGUGUCAGUUAGGUAUAGUAUCAACUGUGUAUAGUUUCACUUGGGUAUGUUGUCGGAUAGUCAUGGUAUGGUAUAGGUUUUGUGUCGGUGGGUAUGGUGUCGGGUGAUGUUGAGUAGGUAUGAUUUUAUUUGACCGUGGUGAUGGGUUCGUAUUGUGUUUGGUGGGUAUGUUGCAGGGUAGGCUAUUACAUAAUGCAAGUGUGAGUAUAAUAUUGAGCGGGUUUGGUAUGGUGUCGGUUAGGAAAAGUGUCGGUUAGGUUUGAUAUCCGUGGGUAUGGUGUCGGGUGUUAAAAAUGUUUCGUUUGUAUAGUGUUAAUUGGGUAUGGUUGGGUAUGGUGUUCGGUGGGAAAGGUUUUAAGUUUAUAUGAUGUUGAACUCAUAUUGUGUUGGAUAGACGUACUGAAGAUUUUACACUAAUAAAAUGCUUCCAUGUUACAUUUGCCCUGUUUGCAUUGUUUGCAUUGUUUGCAUUGUUUGCACUGUUUGCACUGUUCGCACUAUUUGCAUUGUUUGCACAAUAUCGUUUAUACAGUUCGCACAAACAAUUUUAUACUUUUGUACUUUUUUUUAAUAAGGCAAUUUGAAGGAAAACUACACGUAUACAAAA